AAGUACGUGUGCCUGUAUAUCGGUGAUCAUUCUGCGAAAGCGAAAGAGGUGGUCGUACAAGAUACAUGUCUAUUCUUGUUGUUGGAUUCAUACAUGGAUAUUAAAUUUGUGUAUGUAGAUGUAAUACAUGUGGAAACAAUCAUGGAUGUUAGUUGGAUGGCUGGCCGUAACCACAGGAAGCAGCUUCGGUACACUGGAUAUUUUGCUAUUGGACGCACUGAUCCUUUAUCACGUUUUGGGAAAAAAAGUUUUUUUAACUACUGAGUGCUUAAAUUCACAUGGCAAGGAGACUCUUGUGGAAUCAUCUUCCAGCUGAUGAGACACAUGUUGGUGUCCAAACUUGCAAUCUCCUGUGGCCAUGUGAAUUUGUGUCCGUGUUGAUCUGGCGAUAACUGGUGCCCUGCAUAUUGCCAUACUCAAAGUGGAUUAUACAAGAGGGAACCAGCAAUGCUCAUGGAUUGUCACCGGGGAAAAUCAUGCUAUCUACGAUGACAAAUAUCAUUGUCAACAAACUUUGUCUGAAUAGUGGACUGACAAAAAUUUAUAUCAAAAGAUUUGGAAAGCAAGAGAUAUUACAGAAUGAUGCAUCGGUCUAGAAAAUGGCAAAAUGAAUGAGCUUUGAGUUAUAAGACAGAUUUUACUCAAUUCGCCACUGAGCUACCACGUUACUUGCUCUACUGGAAAAUUAUUGAUGAACGAACAGUUUGAGCGCUACUUGUUGGAGUUGAAUUACCUUGGAGAGAAAAGAACAGCGAAAAAAACUGUUCAUUCGAGACUGCCAAGCUGGAAUACUUCAGUCUUGUCUCUACCGUCCGUUUGUCCAUGAUUGUCAAGGAGUGACUGAACUUCCCCAAAGGAUGGAGCUAGUCGUCAGUCCGGUGGGUGUCAUCUUGCGCAGUCCGGAAAGAGGCAAUGGAAGCCGACUGUAUCCCAAAGGAAUGCGGCCGGAUUCUAUGGAUCUCAGCCGCAGGCGCUUAAAACUUAGCACCAGCACUGGAAGAUUCUUAAUCGGUCGGGAGAAGGACAGCGAGAACAGUGAAGUGGCUCAGCUCAUCUCCCAAUCUCUACAGAACGACAAAAACAUGAGGGAAACCACUCCGGUAGAAAGCCCUCCCGAGUCAAUGGUAUGGCCCUAUAACUACAACAGCUAUAGCCCCUCCUCUCUCUUCAGGAGAGCCAAUGGCUUUCCAUCACCAGAUGAUGACGACAUGAAGCUGGACACCCUCAACGAGUCCUCAGAAGGUGACGAGGAUAGCCGAUUGGUCAUUGACACGUUUGAUCUGGACGAAAGCCUUAGCAGUGAUUCAGCCAGCAAGCCCACAUCACCGUCGUCUGACCAGGCACCAGACCAUGCACUGGCUGAUAUGAGGGUCAAACUGAAGGAAGCACAGUACAAGAACGCUGUGGCUGAGGCUGAGAUUGCCAAGCUGAAAAUACAGAUUUUUGACAAGAAAAGUGGGGGUAGGGUCAUGCAGGCCCAGGGUUGGGAAGCUGAAGAGACCCGACUGAAGCACCAGAUUGAGAUUCAAGACAAGCGACUGACGCUGCUGGAUCAGAAGCUUGAGAAGACUGAGGCGGACUUGAGCGAAGUCCGCAGACUGCUUGAAGAGAACCAGAAUCAGUACUCGGUGCUGGAUAAGAAGUACCACAAGGCCAAGAAACUCAUCAAAGACAUGCAGAAUAAGGAGGAGGAGUUUCAGACUAAAGAGAAGGAGUUUAAAGAAGAGAAGGAACGAAUGAAACAGGAGCAGUUGAGAGAAAAGAUGAAAUUAGAAGCAAAGAUUCAGGAGCUUGAACUGCAACUGUCCAAAGGAUCAAGGAAGGUGAGAAGCCUGGAGGGAUCGGAUGAGAUCCAAGCAGAUCAAGAUUCCAGCUCACCAGACAAUGGAGAUGAAGGUGUCAUCUUGAUCCGCCAAUCUGGCUUACCGUCCUUUGAAGAGAUUCUGGAUGCAGCGGGUGGCAAAGCCAUCCUCAUGGAUGACUCCCCCGAAGUUGAGUGGGAAUGGGACUUUGACGGUGACCAGUUAAUGUGUGCUUCCAUCAUCCCUCUGGAGAGCAGCAGGACCUUCUCUCAGGCUCCGCCCACUAAGGUGGAGGAGGUGCAUCCGGACAGGGAGGCAGAGUCGGAGGGGCAAGAUGAGGAGGAUGGAGAGGACGAAGAUUCUUCAGGAAACGAGGGAGGUUACGACGUGUCGCAGGACCUGGAGGAGGUUGAGCUUGAGAUGAGUCUAGAGGCUGACUUGAAAGAAGCCCACAUGCUGCAACAGCAGCAGGAGUGGUUUGAGCACAUUCCAGACACCGACAUGCUGGAUACCAGCAUGGAGAAAUCUAAGAUACAGCUGGUCACUGGUAACAACAGCAUGCUGGCCGGCCGAAAGAAACCCACCAAAGCCCACCUGGCCCAGAAUGCAUUGCAGUCUGGCAAUCUGAUCAUGAAGCAGCCGAUCACAGAAGAGCAUCCAACGAGCAACGGAAGCCCCAGACAAGGAAGACAUCCGGUCUCUGUCCCGAAUCUGCCUAUGAAUGGUUCCCCCUUGCUCAGACACAGAGAACAGGCCAGUCGGGGCUCUCCUACCUCCACCAGAGUUCAGGUGCUUCCGGGGGGUACCACAGUGCAACCUGGGGACGGGAGAUCAUCACCCAAAGUGCCUCCAAAACAGAAGAGUAAACCGGAUAUACGGGUCACAACUGGUGAAUCGUCCUUCACUUGCAGCCCCUGGAUACGCAGAGAGCUAGCUAGUGAAGGCAAGUCAGGCCAGACGUCGCCCCGUACCACCACCAAGUCCGGUCUACCCCCAGCCAUGCCCAUCCUACGCCUUCAACCCCCAGCCUCUGCCUCCGAGGGUUUCGGCGUGACCUUACUCUCCACUAGGUCACUAGAGCAAGAGGCUGAAGGCCAGGGUGGUCAGCAUCAGCGAGAGCCAAGUCCUUCCAGUCCAAGGAUCGAGGGAACCACUGAGGUGGAGAGAUCAGACGCAGGGCUUAAACAUAUCGGCAAGAGCCCCAUACCAGUCGCUGCCAGCUCAGACAUCUUUGACUCCAUGCCCAUGAGUGAGACGGGGGGCAAGAAGAAGAACAAGAAGGCAGCUAAAUACCAGAUAUCGGCCCCGCUACAGAGCAUGGAGCCCAGCAGAAAACCCCACCAAAUCGAGGAUCGCCCAAUCACAGAGUGGAACACGACACAUGUGUCCCAGUGGCUGAUGGGUAAUGGCCUGGAUGAGUACAUUAAUGACUUCACAGCAAACAACAUAACCGGGCCAGCGUUACUUACUCUAGAUGCUGCCAAACUUAAGACUUUGGGUGUAACAAACGGUGCUGACCGUAAGCUCUUCACGAAGAAGAUCAAAGACAUGAAGGCACUGGUGGAGAAAGAAAAGAAAGCCAUCGCUAAGGAACACAAAAGCCGGGAGAAGAAAGAGAAAAAAGCUGCCAAGAAGCUCUUUGCUACUGCCCAGUAAAUAAGUCAUUUUAGAGUUGAGACUCUUUUGUGAGAUAUUACACACCAUACAUUGCAAUAAUCUGCCUCGGGAGGUUUGCCUUAUUGAGAAUGACCUGAGUGACUUCAGGAUAUGACCUGAGAGUAGUAUGACCUGGAGAAUGACCUCUGAAUUGAACUAUGACCUGAGGAGACGGAGAUAUUCAGGCCGACCUUAUGAAGUGUGCCCUGAGGUUUGACCACAGGAUUGAACUUGAGGUGUGACAUGAACUCUCACCUCAUGCAUGAACUAUGACCUGAGAGUGACCUCCAGUAUGACCACCAGAACUUUGACCUCCAGAACUUUGACCACCAGAGCAUGACCCUAGUAAUGUACCCUCCAUGCUGAGGUCAAACAACAUGGAGAUAGUCCCAAGGAGUGUGACCUACGAGCAGUGAUGACCUCAUAAUGACCUUGGGGUAUGACCUCAAGAAUUCUCGAAGGUGAUGACCCUUGGAUAUAUGGGAGACAGGUCUCAGUGUAAUGUUUUCACAGAAUGCCAGAUUCAUGCUCAAGGGGCUGUGAAACAAACAAAAAAGGAUCUUCCUCAGCUCUCCUAUCUGAGAACACAACUGACGAGACUGAUCUUGUUCAGAAUGACCUGAUGUCAGUCACCUUGGAAUGACCUUGCUUGACCUGUGAUGAGGUGCACCUGCAAGUUUCAGAGGAGCUCAACAUCAACAUUAGGGUUAAACCCUUUUGCUUGUACCCCUCCAGUUCCUUUAUUUUUGAUGAGGCAAAAGCAGAGAGCAAGAUAGAGAAAUCGAUUUGAAUUCAUCGUAGAACACACCAAGGCCUUGCAAGAUAGUAACUGCAUAGCAAGAACAUACAAUUGGGGUAGUUAAUAUCAUCAUGAUAAAAAACAUCCAAACUUGCUGCUGACACUUGCUAAAUUUUUGAUACUGAAAAAAUGGCCUUCUUAAUGCGACGUCUCAAAUGUAACUUUAACGUAAACUUUCAUCUUUCCAUCAAAGUGACGAUAUAAAUGAAAUGUGUUCUUAGCAUACGAGUGGGCAUGUUUGCAAAUAUUUCGUUCGCAUUCUGGUUUUCAUAAUAUUUCACAAAAAGUAGCGUACCUUUGUGAAUGUGAUUGGUGAUUAUUGCAGCUGUGUACUGUGCAUUUAUCCAACAGUUUGUGUUUGAUUUCUGCCGUGUUGAUAAUUUCCAAAUGAAAUGAAUGGCAUUGUACGCAUUACAUGUCUGUGAAUUAUUCUCCAUAGGGGCACUGCUUGUUGCAGCAAAGCUUCAUAGAAGAGUAGAUAUUUUAGACAGUGAUCAAUAUAACGGGAAAUAAUUAUAGCUUUAGAAAACAAUUUAUUUGUUUAUUCACUCAGAUUAGAUUUGUAUAAAAUUGUUUUCCAGACUAGUAUUAUAUAUUGGCUCGUCUAUUUUUGAUAAACACUUGGCGUGAUUCUCUCGUAAAAGGAAACAAGUCGUUAAUUUUUUUUUACAUAGAAUGAUUUUGUAGUUUUUUCGUUCGUUUUUAAUCAGCGAGUGAAUUUUUCAGUCAAAGAACCCUUGUCAAGUUUUUUGUUUCCACCUGCAGUGAACUGAAAUCAAUCAUGGAUUAAAUUGAACUUGAAGUAAAAUUAACAUUUUACUUGGUGUUAUUUAAUUCAAGUGGAAAAUUUGAUGCGAUUAAUGACCGCAGAUACACAGUUGAUAUGGUGCAAUGGAUCAAUAUGUCAUAUAAUAUUAAAAUUUAAUUUUGAUAAACUAGUUUCAUUUAUGAAAAAAGGUGGAAGGGCCAGAAAGCAUUUAUUUCAAGUAACAGAAGAGAGGCAAUAUCUUUGAUUUAUCUUUCCCAUUUUAGUUUUUUUUAUGAAGCUUAUGAGACCGAGUAAGAAUAUCAAAUCUGCAAAAUUCUUCCCUCUAUCAGUAGGGAGUGAUUUCUGUGUCUGAUGGCUAUCGUCAAAUAUACAACUGCUUUGCAGUAUUAAGGGCAAAUCUUGCGGUGUCGUAAAAAAAUAAAAGAGCUACGGUAAAAGAUUUGAAUUCAUAAUUAAAUUGACGAUCAAUUAUCAAAAAUAAUUUUGCAUUGUAAAAUGCAGAAGGUCCACAAGUUUGACUUGUGAUUCAGUAGAGUUUGGUAGUUGGAGGACUUACAACUUUAUUAGGUGUACGGUCUUCUAGUAAUCAAAUCUGGUUCUGGAACUUUGGCUCAUUUUUUUGGAAGGGGGGUUUGGUCUCCUGCUCAAGUUGCAUUCAGGUAAUUGCCUCCUUUUCUGUUACUUCUUACAAGUAGGGUGCUGGCCACCUUUUGUACCGAACAAUUAUAAAGUCAAACAAAUAUAUUGCCAUAUUAGUAAGUAUUACAUGUAUAUUGGUAGAUUUGCAACGAUACAAAAAAUAGAUGCUUUCACUAAUAACAAUAACAAAAUGUAUUGUUUUGAUAUUAUUUGCAUUUUUGAUACUCAGCCGCCUCCAGCAAAUUUGAUAGACUUUUUGAUAUGAUUUGAUAGUUUUGUUUUUGGAGUUUUGUUUUGUAGAGUUUUGUUCAGGCCUUUGUCGCAAUCAUGUGAUAUAGAUGUAUGAAUAGUCACACUGUACAGCACAGUACUAUGAAAACGUGUUGCUGACCGAUUUUCUGUUAAGCUAAAUGUAAGGUCAUUCAUAUACAUUUUCUUAGGUAGCAAACAAUUCUGCUGAAGUCAUUGGAAACAAGUCUUAGUUUUAUUCAGAUAUCAUUUUUUUAUUUUAGAUUUUAAACUUUUUGCUGGCUUCAAUGUCUGACAAAUGGGUACAUGCAAUCAGCCAAAUUUUGAAUUCUUUCUUUCUUUUUAUAUUCAUAUUAUGCUAAAUAUGUGAAGAGCCUGUAUCUUUAAUCUCAGCAAAUCUGUCUGUUUUUAUGUCUGUUUUGUAUGAAACGUAUACACUUGCGCUUAAGUAAUGCUAAUAUUCUCAAACACUGUAUAAUUUUCUCUCAGACUUAGUUGCCAGUAUCCAGUAUGUGCAUGUACUUCUGGAUGUGUUUUAUUCUCAUUCCAAGGGCCAGUGCUGUAUUACAGUCCUUCACAAGUCCUGACAGGUCCUCGUACGUCCAUCAAAAGUUCUUCAGUCACAUUUGGCAAAUCACAAGCUAAGUGAAAGAACUGUGAUGGACCUGUGAUGGACUUGUGAUGGACUGGACUUCAACACUGCCAAAGAGUAAUUUCAUCAAAUUUGCUCAACAGUUUAUUCUGCACUGCAGUUCCAUGACGUUGAUCUCAGUCCAUGUUCCUUACAGGCAACUUCAUCAGAGGUAUCUUUUUACCACAAAUGUCAGCAGUAAUUGGUAGUGGACACUUCUGAUUGAGUGCCUUGAGGAACAGGUUGCCCAGGUGAUAUCAUUUUGGCCAUGUACGAAACAGGUGUCCAGAACUGUGGCUAUAUCUGUUAUCAGCUUGUCCCCCAGUCUUGAGCCAAGACUACUUGUUUCCAUAUGAUGGAAGAAGACUUAAGACAACAGCUCAAGACUAUAAGAUGCACACGUGGCCUUUUCCUGGGUCGCUUUUGUUGUUCACAGGUGAAACUGUGUGAAUACAAGCCAAAGGCAACUAAAUACUACACCAGUAGAGGGCAGCAGAUCAGUAUGCACAGAACUUAUUCUUCUACACACAUUCAUACUAUGUAGCUGCAUUAUAGAAAAUAAAUCGUGAUGUGAUAAAAUACUAUCACAUCCAAGGAAUUACAAGCAAACAGCAAAAGCAUUUAUUUAGGACCCAAUGUUCUAUAACUUAUUCAUCACUCUUUUAUUCAAAAUGUCAUAUUUAUUGGUAGCAAAUAUCUAGAUGAUGUAAUUUGUUGUUCACCUUUCAGUGGUAAGCUUUGUUUACUGUGUUUUUGCAAGCAGUCAUGCUACUGGAUAUGUAGGCAGAUGUGUAGUGUGUGUAUUUAUUUAAUUCUUAUUUUAACUGGGUAGCCCAUUCAGUGGAAUCCACUGGUCUCCCAUGGGGCCCAAUAUAGAGAAGACAGUGUGAAGAAAUUACAGUUUUAGAUGUGGGAGGAAAACCCCAGAAGAAAUUUUAUUCUGAGGAAAACCCACGGAAUCAGGUAGGGACUGAAAACCCAACCCACAUAUUGGCCCGGGCAGGAAUCGAACUCGGGUCAAAGUGCUGGAAGGCGAGGAAAGUACCUCUAUGUUAAUCUAACUCCCCUUUGUAACUAGUGUGGUCGUUAGUGUGCGCAGGAAGUUUGUUUUUAUUUACCAGAAUCUUGGGGUACUCUCUGCAUGUUUAUUAAGCAUGAUUUACUGUAGUUAUAUUGGUCCCUUUCUUUCUCUCAUAUUGCUACCUAAUUUUCCUUGGCUGUUAAUGAAGGACUUUCACUUUUAUUACUUUUUCAUCGUAUUAAAUUCGUGCGAGAUUUACCAAGUUGGCUAGCCGUACGUCUGGUUUCCCAAAACAUGGCUGUAAUGAAAACCAAAAAAAAAAAAAAAAAAAAAAUUCAGGACAUC